AUCUAUAUUUUGUUCCAACAUCCACUGUCUGUUUUCGCUGCAAUUUCUGAACUCUGUGGCUUUAUGUUAGCUCAAACCACUGUACGGUAUCUGUUGGACUUGAAACUCCACCCAUUCCUUCUCUCCAGAGAUGCUCCAUGUUCCGCUGAGUAACUCCAGCAUUUUGUGCCUAUCUUCAGUGUUUACCAGCUUCUGCAGUUCCUUCCUACACAAAUUAAUCAAAAGGUCAUAGAAACCUAGAAAAUAGGUGCAGGAGUAGGCCAUUCGGCCCUUCGAGGCAGCACCGCCAUUCAAUGAGAGGCAAAGCAAGGGUUACAUAAAGUUGAAGAAACCGAUACACAAGCCAGCUUGCUGAAUCUGGUGAGCACCGCCCUUGUUUAUGGCCAGGUACCAGGUGCGCAACUGUUCAUUGUUUCUGCACAUUAAAACCGAAAGUGAAAGUAUUUUCCUAGAAUUCAUUCCAAUCUCGGGUGUGGAGAUCGCUGGAGAAUAAAUAGCCUUUCUCUGCAGAUAUCACCGCGGGCAUUGGAGUCGAUUCUUGUGUUUGCUGAAAGCAGUCUCGGUACAUCUCAGCUCCUAGCGCCGGGGUUGUGUCGGUCCAGUGAGGUUCUGUGUCUGCACUCAGCACUGAUUGUGCCGGGGGGGAGCUCCAAGCAAGACCAUUCGCCCCAUUGCCAACGCUGCAAUCCCCUUACAGCUGCAGACGGUCGCUUCCUCGAUCGGUGAGUGAUGAAGGUUCGUGUCCCAGGAAUAGACAAGAAACACAACAUGCGGGCAUCUUCAUCUAAAAGGUCUCGACCCGAAAUGUCGUGUUAACGGGUGUUGGCAAGUUGGGCCGAAGGGCCUGUUUCCACGCUGUAACAUUAUAUUACUCUAUGACCCGAAAUGUCGGCUGUCCAUUUCCAGAUGCUGUCCGUUCCUCCAGCAUUUUGUGUUCUGCUCGUGUAUCACGGUAUCUGUACAGUAGGGGUGCACCUGCACCUGUCUUUAAAGAAAGCACAAAGAUAAAAAGCUAGAAUAACUCAGUGGGACAGGCAGCAUCUCUGGAGAGAAGGAAUGGGUGAUGUUUGGGGUCGAGACCCUUCUUCAGACUGAUGUCAAGGGAGUGGGAGGUACAUAGAUAAGGAAGUGUAGAAUAGAUCAUUGUUAGUUGGGAGAAGGUUACAACAAAGCAAACUGAGAUAAAAUGUAAGACUGGUCGAUAAACUGGGAAGAGGGAGGGAUGGAGAAGAGUUACUUGAAUUUCAGGAAGUCAAUGUGCAUACCGCUGGGGUGUAAGUUGCCCAAGCAAAAUAUGAGGUGCUGUUUCAUAUUCAUAAGGAAUAUGUUUCAUAAGGAAUAGGUGACAGUUUUGGAUCGAGACCAUUCUUCAGACCUUUGCCACACUUGUGGGCCACUUGCUUUGUUUAGUCAUAGAGUGAGACAGUGUGGAAACAGGCCCUACAUCCCAACCUGCCCACACCGGACAACAUGUCCCAGCUACACUAGUCCCGCCUGCCUGCUUUUGGUCAUAAGCGAUAGGUGCACGAUUCUCCAGCCUUCUCCCCAUAACCCCUGAUACCCGAACUAACCAAGAAUCUAUCUGUCUCUGCCUUAAAAAUAUCCACUGACUUGGCCUCCACAGCCAUCUACGGCAAAGAACUCCACAGAUUCACCACCUUCUGACUAAAGAAAUUUCUUCUCAUCUCCUUCCUAAAGGAACAUCCUUUAAUCCUGAGGCUAUAACCUCUAGUCCUAGACUCUCACACUAGUGGAAACGUUCUCUCCACAUCCACUCUUACAUAGAUACAUAGAAAAUAGGUGCAGGAGUAGGCCAUUCGGCCCUUCGAGCCUGCACCGCCAUUCAAUCUGAUCAGCCAACUCCGUAUCCCGUAACUGCCUUCUCUCCAUACCCCCUGAUCCCUUUAGCCACAAGGGCCACAUCUAACUCCCUCUUAAAUAUAGCCAAUGAACUGGCCUCAACUACCCUCGUGGCAGAGAGUUCCAGAGAUUCACCACUCUGUGUGAAAAAUGUUUUUCUCAUCUCGGUCUUAAAGGAUUUCCCCCUUAUCCUUAAACUGCUUGUUCCAUGCACCCACCACCCUGUGUGAAAAGGUUAACUCUCUGAUUCCUUUAAAAUCUUUUCCCCUUGGAUACAGUGGAUGUGGAGAGGAUGUUUCUACUAGUGGGAGAGUCUAGGACUAGAGGUCACAGCCACAGAAUUAAAGGACGUUCUUUUGAGAAGGAGAUGAAGUGGUAUUUCGUUCAUCAGAGGAUGGUGUAUCUGUGGAAUUCUUUGCCACAGAAGGCUCUGGAGGCAAAGUCAGUGGAUAUAUGUAAGGUAGAGAAAGAUUCUUGAUUCUAGUACGGAUAUCAAAGGUUAUAGGAAGAAGGCAGGAGAAUGGGGUUAUUAGGGAGACAUGGAUGAAUGGUGGUGUAUACUUGAUGGGCCAAAUGGCCUAAUUCUACUCCUAUCUCUCAUGAUCUUCACCUUGUUUCCCUUCCCUUGUUUGAGGGGUAUCUACACCAGACCCUGCCCCCCAAUGUCCAGCAGCGGAAGGACCCUAGACAAUGGUCCUCCCCCAUGGAGCCUUGGCGUUGGCUGCACCAAACUUCAGUGCUUCCCUCAGCACGUACUCCUGCAGUGUGGAGCGGGCCAGUCGGCAACAUUCCCCGAUGGAUGUCUGGCUGAAAUUUCCUUCCUGAAAGGAAUGAAUUUUCAAGGCGGGAAUGUGGGACCAGGUGGAUUGUCUUUACCCAGAGCUAGAAGGGACUGGGUGGGCAGAAUGGCCUUCAUCCACCUGAAAAAAACAUACUGUGAUUUUCAGUGUAAUAGUUAACAUCCCUCAACAUAAACAAGGGGUUCAAUACUGACCACGGGUGCUGUCUGUACGGAGUUUGUACAUUCUCCCCGUGACCUGCGUGGGUUUCCUCCGACAUUUCAAAGAUGUACAGGUUUAUGGGUGAAUUGUCUUGAUAUAAAUGUAAAUUGGCUCUGGGGGGUGUUAGAGUGCGGGGAUCGUGGCCGGCACGGACUCGUUGGGCCGAAGGGCCUGUUCCCGCACUAUAUCUCUGAAAGCCUUUUUGGUCACAUCUUCAAAAAGCCGUACGUUGAGUGGAUUCAUCUUCAUAUUUUAUUUCUCGUUCUAUUUCAGAUCACUGGAUUUUGUUGAGCGUCCACUUCCUGUUUAGUGAUGAGUGAGUGCUUGCAACUGGCCACUCUGGGCCGGCCUUUCCAGUUGGGAAUGCUGUACGACUGCCGAUCAGAUGCUCUGAUCCCAGGCGUCACCCUGUGGGACUUGCAGACACUGCAGAGCAACCUUGAUCGUCGUGACCAGCCCAGCACUGAGUUUCACAUCAUUGCGUCAGACUCCAUGGAGAAGAAAUCCAAUGCCCUCAAUGUGUCAGGGUCACUGAAGGCGAGUAUCCUGGCUGGGUUAGUGGAGGUGAAAGGGUCGGCAAAAUAUCUCAGAGACACGAAGGAAUCAAAGCAACAAGCACGAGUUACCCUUCACUACAAAGCAACAACCAAGUUUGAACAACUGACAAUGAGUCACUUAGGGAGACAGAAUAUUACCUGCCCAAGUGUGUUUGAUGAGGGCUCAGCCACCCAUGUCAUUACUGCAGUGUUGUAUGGGGCCCAGGCCUUCUUUGUGUUUGAUCAAAUGGCUUCUUCAGCAGAGAACAUACAGAAUAUUCAGGGCAACAUGGAGGUGAUGAUUAAACGUCUCCCUAAGAUUGCGAUCGAGGGAGAGGCCUCCCUAGAAAUGACAGAAGAACAGAGCUCACAGGCCGAGAAGUUUAGCUGCACAUUUUACGGUGAUUUCUCACUGAAGAACAAUCCCACCACCUACAGAGAUGCCAUCAAUAUCUACGCAACACUUCCACACCUCCUGGGCCCAGGUGGAGAACAUUCAGUGCCUGUCACAGUCUGGCUCUAUCCUCUCAAUAAACUGGACACCAAAGCUGCUCAGAUGGUGAGGGAGAUCAGCGUGGGACUGGUCAAUCGCUGCCAGUGUGUCCUGGAACAGCUCAGUGAGGCCGUGAUGAGGUGCAAUGACCUGAUGAAAGACAAUGUCGCAGUUCAAUUACCUGAGAUCGGGGACAGGAUACUUCAAUUCCGAGAGAUGUGUCUGGAGUACAAACUGGUUUUCCAAGGGACCUUAGCCAGAGUUUUGCCGUCCAUUCGGGGCGGUGGGAAGGAGGAAGGGUUGCUGGCGGACAUACUGAAGAACAGGGAACAGUCACCAUUUAAACACCAAUCACUGACCGCAUGGCUGAAUGACAAGGAAUGGGAGAUGAUGGUUGUGGGAUUUUGCCUCAGGAUAAUGAAAGACAUACCUGUUGUGAAAUCAAGGAGAGAGUUGCAUGAAGUGUUGAUGGAUCCAGUAACAGACUACGUGGUCUGCUUCACAUUCACAACACUGCAUCAGGAGGAUUUCUACCUGACGGAGGCAAUCAAUUACCUCCGAUCUCUCACAACAGAGAAAAUGCAGAUGCCACCUCCUGCUGCCGGAGCCAAUACAACACAACACAGCGAGCGCUGGUUUCACUUAUCGUCCAUACCCGAGAAGAUGAAGGAACGAUCAGGACUGUUCCUGGAUUUUGCCACAGCCAACAGUGGGGACGAGAAAGUAAAAUUCCUUGUUGGAUCCGCACAGGAUGACAGUAACGUGGGUGCGUCUAUUUACCUGUACGGGGGAGGGAGUGUGAGGAGCCGCUGCUUUGAACCCCCGUCUCAGCCUGAGAGACCAACAGCGAGUGGGACAACACACAACAGUGUGACGCUGCAGUUAGAGCUACCCACAUGUGGUUCUGAUGAGAUUGUGAGCUACAAGGUAGAGUAUCGAGGUAGCCAGCAGGAGAAAUGGACAAUACUAGAUACACCUGACGCACCCCACUCCUUCACGAUAUCUGGGUUGAAGCCACACCAGGAAUAUCACAUCCGAUACAGAGCAGUGACCAAGGUAGGGGUCAGCAAGGCCAGUGAGAUCUACAAGGUCUCCACCCAGCCGACAAGUCCUCCUGGUAAACCGGUCUUCCAGGAUUGUUCACCCAGCCCAACACUGUCCGGGGACGGAUCAAGUCAGAUUGGAGCCGACGCAUUUCAUUACAGGAAUGAAUACAAGGAAGAAUCUUUGUUCAAGUCUAUUGCAUUGGACAGAUCAUGGGAGCAGGUUCAGACAAAAGACAGACAAUGCCACGAUAGUUCACACGGACCAAAGGGAAUUGCCCUGAAACUUCUUGAAGAAGCUCAAUUAAUAUCCAGAGGAAACCCUUCCAUUUACAAGCUCAACCUAGAAAGGGAGGUGUUUAAUCAGUCCAAGCAGCUUGUGAAAUGCUCCUUAGGAAAGCCCACCACUCUGCACAAGAUGAAGACAAUUAUGGUGCUGGGGGCAACUGGAUCAGGAAAGACAACCCUCAUCAACGGGAUGAUCAACUACAUCUUGGGCGUGGAGUGGCGGGACAACAUCAGAUACAAGUUAAUACAGGAGGAGACGGGAAAAUCCCAGGCUGAGAGCCAGACCUCCUCCAUCACUGCCUACCAUCUCCACCACCAGGUAGGGUUUAACAUCGACUGCUCUCUGACUAUCAUCGACACGCCAGGAUUCGGGGACAUCAGGGGCAUCAGCCGGGAUCGACAGAUCACUGAGCAAAUCCGCGAGUUCUUCACUUCCCCACAGGGCAUUGAUCAGAUCGACGCGGUCUGUUUCGUCGUCCAAGCCUCCUCGGCUCGCCUGACCCCGACACAGAAAUAUGUCUUCGAUUCCAUCCUUUCCAUUUUUGGCAAAGAUGUCGCGGAGAACAUUCAGAUAAUGGUGACGUUCGCAGACGGGCAGCGCUCCCCAGUUCUGGAGGCCCUGAUAGCCGACAAGGUACCCUGCCCCAAAGACAAAAAGGGAUUGCCAGUACACUUCAAGUUUAACAAUUCUGCCAUUUAUGCCCAGUGUCCGACCUCUGGUGACGAGGGCAGAUCUGACGACAGCGGGGAAGAGGAUAAUGACUUUGACCAGAUGUUCUGGAAGAUGGGGACAAACAGUAUGAAAAAGUUCUUCACAGCUCUGAGCACGAUGCAGGCGAGGAGCCUGUGCCUGACCAGAGAGGUUCUGAAGGAACGUAGCCAGCUGGAGUCUGUAGUGGCCGGGUUGCAGACUCUGAUCCAAGCAGGGCUGACCAAAUUAGAGGAACUCAAGAAAACCCAACAAGUUCUGAACCAAAACCAGUCCAAACUGGAAGAAAAUAAAGAUUUUGAGUACGAGGUCGAUAUGACUGUUAAAGAAAAGAGGAAACUUGGCAGCGAUGCUCCAUUAAUAAACAACUGUACGGUUUGUGAAUACAGUUGUCACGACCCCUGUAUGUAUGCAGGUUAUAUUUUCAAAUACUGGUGUUCAUCAAUGGACUGGUGGGGAAAUUGUGUAGUCUGUCCGGGGAACUGUGCCUCACGAAAACACGUGAGGGAAGAGUAUAGGUAUGUCUGUGUAACAAAAAAGGAGAAGAGGACGUACAACGAACUGAAGGAAAAGUAUGAGAAGGCAUGCGGUGAGAAGAUGAGCCUGCAGAAAAUUAUGGAGUUACUUGGCCAGGACUUUGCUGAGGUGGAGAACACAGUUCUGGAGUUGAUUCAAGAAUUAUCCCAGGGCAUUAGACGACUUGAAGAAAUAGCCCUGAGACCAAACCCGUUGUCCACCCCGGCUUACAUUGACCUCCUGAUUCAGGCUGAGAAAGAUGAGGGGAAGCCCGGCUUCAUUGAGCGAAUUCAGGCACUGACCGCUGUGAAGAAGCAGGCAGAGAUCAGAGCAAAGAUCGCCAACAACGAGAAGCUGUUACCAGAGUGUUCGAAGGAAGGUGCGGCGGGAGGAAAAAGUACUGGAGAAAAGUUAAAGAAAAAAAAGUCAAACGUGAUGAGUUGGUUCUCUUCCAAUAAGUAACUAAGAAACAUCCAGCUGUUUUCCGGUGUGUUUCACUAAACAGAUACACAAAUCCUCAUUCUAAUUCCUCAACCUUCGCCUCACCCAUCUGCCCAUGACCUUAGAAGCAUAGAAAAUAGGUGCUGGAUGAGUCGCAACUCUCUGGGGGAAAAUAUUUUUUCUCACCUCAUUCUUAAAUCACCUCCCCUUUAUUCUAAGACUGCGGCCCCUGGUUCUGGACUCACCCAACAUUGGGAACAUUUUUCCUGCAUCUAGCUUGUCCAGUCCUUUUAUAAUGUUAUAUGUUUCUAUAAGAUCCACCUCAUCCUUCUAAAUUCCAGUGAAUAUAAGCCUAGUCUUUUCAAUCUUUCCUCAUGUGACAGUCCCACCAUCCCAGGGAUCAAUCUCAUGAACCUACGCUGCACUGCCUCAAUCACAAGGAUGUCCUUCCUCAAAUGAGGAGACCAAAACUGUACACAAUACUCCAGAUGUGGUCUUACCAGAGCCCUAUACAACUGCAGAAGAACCUCUUUACUCCUAUACUGAAAUCCACUUGUAUGAAGGCCAACUUCCCAUUAGCUUUCUUCACUGCCUGCUGUACCUGUAAGCCAACUUUCAAUGACCGGUGUACAAGGACGCCCAGGUCUCGCUCUACCUCCCCCUUACCUAACAUAACCCCAUUGAGAUAAUAUUCCGCCCUCUUGUUUUUGCCGCCAAAGUGGAUAACCUCACAUUUAUCUAUAUUAUACUGCAUCUGCCACGCAUCUGCCCACUCACUCAACCUGUCCAGUUCACCCUGCAACCUCCUAACAGCCUCUUCACAGUUCACACUGCCACCCAGCUUUGUGUCUUCCACAAACUUGCUAGUGUUGCUCCCAAUUCCCUUUUCCAAAUCAUUAAUAUAUAUGGUAAAUAGUUGCCGCACCAACACCGAGCCUUGCGACACUCCACUCGCCACUGCCUGCCAUUCUGAAAAGGACCCGUUCACUCCUACACUUUACUUCCGGUCUGCCAACCAAUUUUCUAUCCAUGUCAAAACCCUACCCCCAAUACCAUGUGCCCUAAUUUUAGUCACCAGUCUCCCGUGCGGGACCCUAUCAAAGGCUUUCUAAAAGGCUAGAUACACUACAUCCACUGGCACCCCUUCAUCCAUUUUACUUGUCACAUCCUCAAAAAAUUCCAGAAGAUUAGUCAAGCAUGAAUUCCCUUUCAUAAAUCCAUGUUGACUUGGACUAAUCCUUUUACUGCUAUCCAAAUGCUCCAUUGUUACCUCUUUAAUAAUUGACUCCAGCAUCUUUCCCACAACCUAACUGGUCUGUAAUUCCCCGUUUUCUCUCUCACUCCUUUCUUAAAAAGUGGGAUAACAUUAGCUAUCCUCCAAUCCACACGAACAGAUCCUGAAUCUAUUGAACAUUGGAAAAUGAUCACCAAUGCGUCCACUAUUUCUAGAGCCACCUCCCUGAGGACCCUGGGAUGCAGACCAUCAGGUACAGGGGAUUUAUCAUCCUUCAGUCCCAUUAGCCUACCCAAAACAAUUUCUCGCCUAAUGAAAAUUUAUUUCAGUUCCUCUACCCCCUCAGAUCCUCUGUCCUCCAGUACAUCUGGGAGAUUGUUUGUGUCUUCCUUAGUGAAGACAGAUCCGAAGUACCUAUUCAACUCUUCUGCCAUUUCCUUGUUGCCCAUAAUAAUUUCACCCGUGCCUGCCUUCAAGGGACCCGCAUUUGACUUUGCUACUCAGUGUGCCUUUCACACUGAACCUUCCUUCCUCAAAGCUGCUGCCUUCUCAACAUAUACCCAUAGGCCCCAUAUCUAAGGAAGUGUUUGCUGGCUCUGGCGAUGGUCCAGAGGAGGUUUACGAGAAUGAUCCCAGGAAUGAGUGGGUUAACAUAUGAUGAGCAUUUGACGGUACUGGGCCUGUACUAGCUGGAUGAGGGAGGACCUCAAUGGAAGUGAAAGGCCUGGAUAGAGUGGUUGUGGAGAGGAUGUUUCCACUAGUGGGAGAGUCUAGGACCAGAGGUCAUAGCCUCAGAAUUAAAGGAAGUUAUUUUAAAAAGGAGAUGAAUAGGAAUUCCUUUCGUCAGAGGCUGGUGAAUCUGUGGAAUUCUUUGCCACGGAUGGCUGUGGAGGCCAAGUCAAUGGAUAUUUUUUAGGCAGUGAUUGAUAGAUUCUUGAUUAGUACAGGUGUCAGGGGUUAUGUGGAGAAGACAUGAGAAUGGGUUUGGGAGAGAGAGAUAGAUUAGCCAUGAUUGAAUGACGGAGUAGAAAUCUACACUGUCCAUUGUCCAUUGACUUGGCAAUGAAUUCCACAGAUUCACCAUCCUGUGACUAAUAACAUUCCUCCUCGUCUCCAUUCGAAGGUACUUCCUUUUAUUCUGAGGUUAUGGCCUCUGAUCCUAGACUCUUCCACUGGGGGAAACAUCCUCUCCACAUCCACUCCAUCCAGUCCUUUCACUGAUUCAGUAAGUUUCAACGAGGUCUGCCCUCAUUCUUCUAAACUCCAGCGAGUAGAGGCCAAGUGCCAUCAAAUGCUCAUCAUAUGUUAACCCACUCAUUCCUGGGACUAUUCUAGUAAAUCUCCUCUGGAUCAUCUCCAGCACCAGCACAUCCUUCUUCAGAUAUGACGCUAUCUGCUAAUGUGAUAAUUGCUCGCAAUAAUCCAAAUGUGGUUUCACCAGCACCAUAUAAAGCUUCAUCAUUACACCCAUGUUUUUUGUAUUCUAGUCCUCUAGAAACAAGUGCUUCUCCAAACAAAGCUCUUCCCUCUGUGCAAGUGUGCAGCAGUCCUGUGUAUCAGUACUUCCCCAUAUCUACACUAUUUGACUGACGUUAGGUUCAGAGCCCUGGAAUUACCUGGUUUAUCCCCGCUACCCUUCUUGUGUAAAAUUUGCUGUCCUCCUGACUUCUUGCACUUCACUUGUGAACACAGUGAACAGUAAGAAUCUCUGCCAGGAUCAAAGCAAUCUUAUCCCAUAGCAGCCUGGGCUACAUCCAUUGUAAAUCUAAUCCAAGGUAUCUAAUAUUUCCUUUUUAAUGGUAACAUGUUUUAAGGUUCAAGAAAUGCAAUAUCCUUCCCUUCAGUAAAUACAGAGCAGAGGUCAGAUAGAGGCCCAGCGCAAAUUGGAGGAGCAGCUCCUCAUAUUUUGCUUGAGCAGCUUAUACCACAGCGGUAUGAAUUUUGACUUCUCUAACUUCAAGUAAUCCUUUCCUACCCUCUAUCUCCAUCCCUCCCCCUUCCCAGUUCUCCGACCAGUCUGACUAUCCCCCUGAUUACAUUGUAUCUGUUUGCUUUGUUGACACCUUCCCGGAGCUAACCAUGAUCUAUUCAGUCUGAAGAAAGGUCUCGACCCGAAAUGUCAUCCAUUGCUCCUCUUCAGAGAUGCUGCCUGACCCGCUGAGUUACUCUAGCUUUUUGUGUCUAUCUUCGGUGUAAACCAGCAUCUGCAGUUCCUUCCUACGCAGAGGAGAGGUUUUCAUUUCAGACUUCACCUAUACCUUGUGGUUCCAUAUAGAGAUGGGUCCCUAAUGGGACCUAUACUGGAUACACGGUGGUGCAGCAGUACAGUUGCUGCCGUCCAGCGCUUGCAGCGCCGGAGAUCCAGGUCGCAUCCCGACUACGAGUGUUGUCUGUACGCAGUUUGUACUUUCUCCCCGUGACCGCGUGGGUUUUCAACGAGAUCUUCGGUUUCGUCCCAUACUCCAAGGAUGUACAGGUACGUAGGUUAAUUGGCUUGGUGUAUGUGUAAAAUUGGCCCUAGUGUGUGCAGGAUAGCGUUAGCGUGUGGGGAUCACUGGUCGGCAUGGACACGGUGGGCCGAAGGGCCUGUUUCCCUGCCGCAUCUCUAAACUAAAACUAAACUACAUCUCGUAGUUCCAGAGAGAUUGGUCCCCAAUGGGUCUUUUCCUUUUACUGGAUUAACAUAAAAUGCUUUGGGCCUGUUCUUAAUCUUGUCUGCCAGUAUUAUUUUGUAUUGUUCUUUGCACUUGUAAUCGAUUUUUAAUUUCUGCUCUUUACUUCUAAUACAAAUAUGUCCCCUAUUCCUUCUACAAACCUCCCCCUUUUAAUUCAAUUCUUAAUAACUUUUCUCUUCCAAACCCAAUUGGAUAGAUUGCAGACAUCAAUAGCGUGUAAACAAUUAUAUCUCACCUGAACCAGACAUUAUUCUUUCUGAAGAUACAAAGAAUUGCAGAUGAUGGAUUUUUGCUUAGAACAAAGUGUUGGGAUUAAUUCAACAGGUCAGGCAGCAUCGCUGGAAGACAUGGAUAGGCAGCAUUUCAGGUUGGGACCCUUCUUCAGACUGUUGUAGUAGGAGAGAGCAAGCUAGAAUGAAA